GACGAAGGGUGAGUGCGUGUGUCACCGUCAGGGGUCCGCUCAUUCGGAUUGGAUUACAGUACAUGCACUUUUUCAACUUUCGUUCUCCACUGCCUCCUCUUUUUGUGCUUGCUAUCAGAUAAGAUCUAAUUGCUAGUGUUAAUACUGUUGUUGUCAAGACUUAUCUCCCAGUUACUUUUAAUGACACUAACUGAGAAAAAUAAAAGCUGAUCCUAUUCAUGAUCGGAAACUAUAACGGAAUCUGACCCAAUAUUUUGCGGGGAUUUUACACAGUUUUCAAAGCUGUUAGGCAACACAGACACCCUGUGGCCGACUCAAGGGGACGGCAUGGCACCCCGGGGUAGCGGGGGCGCCUCGGGCAGCUUCCUCGCGGCGUAUCGAGGCCCCGAAGUGCCCCUUCAUCAGUAUCCUCCGCCGGCAACCUGCGCCACCUACACGGCCAACCACUCCCCCGGUGUGCCCUACUACAACACAGGCCGCUACACCGUCAGCCCAAUGGCCGCCGUCUCCAACUGCGGACCUCUGGAAAGGUUACCCCCCGGUGCUAUGGGAUAUCCAGCCAAUCCCCAAGGAGCUCGGAAGCAGCGUCGAGAAAGAACAACUUUCAGCAGAGCGCAGCUGGACAUCCUAGAGGCUCUCUUUCAAAAGACCCGGUACCCGGACAUCUUCAUGAGAGAAGAAGUCGCAAACCAAAUACGCCUUCCGGAGUCUCGUGUCCAGGUAUGGUUCAAGAAUCGCAGAGCUAAGUGCCGCCAGCAGUCUCAGAAUGGUUCAAAUAAGAAUCGCACCCCCAAGAAGCAAGCGAAAAGUCCUCCUGCCCAGCAAACAGCGCCCUGCAGUAGUCCUUCCACAACACAGUCUCAUGCUAGCCCGUCGUCUGGAGAAUCUGGGUCUAGCCCUACUGCUACACUUACACCCCUACCUCCGAGGGGUAGCGAAUACAGCCCUACGACACCCGACUCACUGUUAAUGCCUAGCACCUCCAGUGCAAACAGCUGUAUGCAAAAGGUGGAUUCCUCGUCGUAUCAGUUCAAUUGCCCAGUUUAUAAUACCAAUGGCUACCUCCAGAAUAGUCCUUAUUCUUUCCACUAUGAUUACUACAACCCAACUCUAGCGCACACGUAUCAACAUCAUCCAAUGACUGCCAGUCACCAUCAGACGGUAUCGCCAGCAGCCCAGUCCACUACUCAAUGUCUGGGCACCACGAGAGACAUGAGCAGCUACAACAGCUAUCCACCGUUACCGCGUAGCGACUGUUUGGACGUUCCCGACUCCAAGAAUUCGUCCAUUAAAUUUCAAGCCUUGUAGAAAGAGAGAGAAUAUUCAUUAGUACCUGUUGUUUGUGUUUCAUAAAAAGGCCAUAAUUGCUGCUUGGCUAAAUAUUAAAGAAGGGUUAUAAAUGCCCUUUCACUUUCAUCCUUUGAAUGUGGAGAUUCAUUUUCAAUUGAAGAAUCAAGGAAUCUGCUACAUUCUUCUACUUCAGACUUCGCAUAAUUUAUACUUUUUCCGAUUAUGACAUUAUUACGCAAGCAGAAUUAUUUGCAUAGAUUUUGCUUUAGUUCGAUCUUCCAUGCAAUGAAUUACUGUAAAUGUUGCAGUUUUGGACCUUUUAGAUAAGUACCAAAGGGAAAGUGUAAAAGCAUAUUUUAUAUUAAAUCACCUCAGUUAAAUAUUUUGAGAAGAGAGAACAUAUAUAAACCAUUGAUAUGAAUGGAAUGCAACAGACAGGAUUUCAAAUUUGACAGUAAUCAUAUACGCAUAAUUAAAAAAAAUCAUACAUUGAAUAUAUUGUAUAUCUUACAGGAAUUUUGGAGUUAUAGUCAUGUUAAAUAAUAUCAUGUCAUUAAAAUAACAAUUACACAUUUAAGGUAAUUAUCUUUUCCAAUUUUUGGCGAUUUACCAAAGACUGAAAAAUCGUGCUCCUUGACUUUUUAUAAGGAACCUGAACAUAAACUAUGAUUUGUCUUUAAAGCUAUCACGAUUAGGAUGUGGACUAGAAGAUGCAAUAUUGGCAUUAUUGCAUUUUCGCGCAAAGUUACGUUCCGCUUCUGUAAUUUGUAGAUUUUUAAAUAUGCAAUGCAUUUACUAACAUGUGAAUAAGUACCAGGACGCUGUUACAUUAUAAGAACUACCUAAUACUUGAGAAAUAUUUUAAUAUUUUGUAAGAAAGUAAUUUUGAUGAAAGCAGUUAUAAAUAUGAUACAGAUAAUGUUCAGUCAAAGAUAAACGUAUACUGAAUUUGCAGGUUAACUAAAAACAGAGAAAGAUAAUUUGAUUGAAACACAUCGUUAAUAUUCAUAAAAAUGUAAUGAAAUAUUCUUCUAAUGCAGUGCUUUCCAAACGUUUUAUCAUCGUGACCCACUUACAUUGAGUUCAUCUGAAAAAGAGAACCUCCAAAGAAGACGCCUAGAAGAAAAUUGUGAACUGAAGAUGUAAAAAUAGAUGAACGCACAUAAUUAGUAAUAAUUAAUUAAUAAUUAUAAAUCAAUAUGUAUAAUUAUAACAGUUUAAUAAUUAUUAUUAUUUGAUUAAUAUUAUAGAUUUGUUGUCUUUAGAAACAUUUGCUGGUUCGAAACUCAUACUUUGGUAAUCACUGUUCUAAUAGAUGUUUUUGUGCAUCUGCAUUAGGCUUUUGAAUUCUCCACAUGCUUCCUCUAUUUCCUAAUUUAUUUUUAAAGUUACUUUUGGUUUACGUCUUUCGAUUUUUAAAUUUUUAAAUGGGAAAAAUGUAGGAAACCUUAAUUAAACUUACUAUAAAAUUUUUAUAACACUACAUUGGUCAUGAUAUAUACAACUUGCGAAAAGGUGCUGAAAAUAUUACUAUGAACUUCACCGAAAAAUUAUUCUUCCUAUUCUAUUGUAUAAAUGAAUGGUAAUCUCUGAAUUGUUGCCAGCUGAAAUGUAUCAGAGAUCAUUUCUUUAAAAGAGUGACAUCGAUGCUUGAAUGUGAUCUAAGAUUUAAAAAUGUAUAUUGUGAAAAUAUUUGUAUUGUGGAAAAUCCUACUGUUCGAAAAAAAAAUGUUUGGAAAAUAAAAACUUUAUAAUUUACUGUA